AUGGGUUCUUGUGGAGGAUGGAUGCUGUGGACCCUGUGUGCGAGCUUCACUGCUCUGGAGACCGCUGCACUCAGGGUGACCAUGAGGGAGGAGAGUGUGGAGGUGGUUCGGGGAGAUUUUGUCGUCCUGCCCUGCUCCUUCUUCACCUCCAGCCCCCUCUCCAGACUCAACAUCAUCUGGACCCUGGCCCCCGUCUCCAGCCCAGAAACACCAAUACAGGUGAUUGUGUAUGACCAUGGUCAGGUGAUUGAAGACCCCGCCCUCACUGGCAGGGUGGGUUUUACAGGAAUCCCCUGGAGUGCAGAUAUUGUCCUGAAUGACACACGAGUAUCAGAUGCUGGUGUUUACCGCUGCAUGGUCAAUAACCCCCCCGAGGCAGCAGCUGCUGGCAUAGGAGAGCUGGUGCUCAGUGUUCUGGAGCCUCCGUCUCUGCCCAUGUGCCAGUGGGACGGAGACAUCGACCUGGGAGGAAGCGUCACGCUGACCUGCUCCGUGACAGAGGGCGUCCCCACUCCUGAGAUCCACUGGGAUAAACUGAACCCGGAGGAAAUCUCGCUGCCCAUCAACAUGGAGGGGGAUCUGUCAGGCUCCGUCCAGAUCAUCAACGUGUCCUCUCAGACGUCCGGCCUGUACCGCUGCUCUGCCACCAACGUCCUGGGCACAGAGAACUGCUACGUCAACCUGUCCAUCUACAGCCCCCCGGAGAGGCCGUCUGGCAUCCUGCAGAGCGUGCUGCUGACCUUGUCCAUGAGCCUGGUGCUGCUGGCGCUGCUGCUGCUCGUGAUGUGGCUCCACCGCACGGGGCAGGAUGGGAGGUGGAGGGAGGGCAAAGAAGAGGAGGACGAGGAGUACAACGAGAUACGCUACACGCCGUCCCUGAUGAAGCGCUCGUUUGUUUGA